AUGGCUUAUGACGGAGAAACGUGCCGUGACUAUGCGCUUCAGGGUGAGAAGACUAGUUAUAAUCCAUGUUCUUGUCCCGUGUCAGAGGCACUGUCUACUACUCCAUACACGUCGGGACAAGUAGCCGCGCCGACCAGCGUCACCACGGCUUACUCAAGCAGCAUUGACCGUUCACGACCCGGCGUUGACGCUCCAAAAGCCAAACGCGGCUUCGCCUACAAUGACGCGGGCCUCGUCGACAGUUUUACGAAGCACGUGCAGUGCACCAAGUGUUCAUGGGCAUACAAUUGGGACUCCACCGACUACGGACUUCUCCAGCCUUCGCUCGAUUUUGUGCCGAUGCUGUGGAGCAACGCCCCGGAACACACCGAGCGCUGGCCGCAGAAUGUGGAGGCAAUGACAUUGAGUGGAUCUACCCACAUCCUCGGUUUCAACGAGUGCGACAGGCCUGACCAGUGCAAUCUGAAUGCCGAAGCUGCCGCCGUAGCCCAUGUGCAAUUCGUCAAUGGUUACGCUAGUCGACAUGGAGUCAAGAUUGGGUCACCCGCGAUCAGCAACAGCGCUGUCACCGGCCAAGGUCUCAGCUGA